GUCCUGGCUCCGCGCCUUGUCAGGCACGGGCUGCGUGAUGUUGCACGCGGGCUACCCCGCAAGGAGUUAGCCCAACAACGAAGUACUUCGGACGCGGGCCUGUAAAGGGCGAGGAUGUGGGGCCCGUUGGCGGGGCUGCCUCCGCGGCUGGCGCUGUCAGGCGUGACCGGACCCGGCCGCCUUUGCAGGUUGGGAUCCGGAGCUGCUAGGCGGAAAGACGUGCCGGCGGGCACCAGCCGCGGUGCCCAUUCGCGUCGGAAGCCAAGUCCUGAUUUCGGAGAGACGUGCAAGCACCGCUUCGAUCCUAAGCGUUACAUAACCUGUCCGAAUUUGGCGAAGACCUUGGCGAAAUUAAUGAAAAAGCCACAGAACCCUUCCCCACUGGUACUGGAGUGCAAUCCAGGUCCAGGAUUCCUGACUAAAGCACUGCUUGAAAGUGAUCAUCAAGUGAUUGCCCUUGAAAGCGAUAGCACUUUUAUUCCACGUUUGAAGUCCCUACAGAAAAAUCAGAAUGGAAAUCUACGAGUGGUUCACUGUGACUUCUUUAAACUGGAUCCAAGAAAUGGUGGAAUGGUUAAACCCCCCAUUAUGAUUUCAGAGUCACUUUUUACAAAUUUGGGAAUAGAACCAGUUCCUUGGGCAGAAGGUAUCCCUUUAAGAGUCUUUGGAAUGUUUCCAGUUCGAAAUGAGAAGAAGGUGCUUUGGAAACUGUUACAUGACCUGUAUUCCUGUACUUCUAUAUUUAAAUAUGGACGAAUAGAACUUAAUGUAUUCGUUAGUGAACAGGAAUACCAGAAACUAGUGGCAAAUCCCAAAUCUGUGCGCUUCUAUCAACCAUUGAGUGUGCUGUGGCAAGUUGCUUGUGACAUUAAGUUUCUGCAUGCAGAAUCUUGCUCUUCAUUUGAUGUAUGCGCGCAAAGUGGACUACUGGAAAAGUCAAAGCAUACAGAAUCAUUAAAGAAAGAACAAAGGAUGUGUUUUAUUCGAAUGACUCCCCGUAAAGAUUUAUUUACAGAAAGCUUAACACCUAUUAACUAUGACAUAUUUUUCCACAUGAUAAAACAGUGUUUUGUAAAGCGCAAUGCCACGCUAGAAGACCAUUUACCUUCCUUAAGUCCAAUUGAUGCAGCAGAUAUAAUGAAGCAUUUAAAUACUUCUGAGAAGUCAAAAAUAACAAAUAUGUACCCUCAAGACUUUAAACAACUUUUUGAAGCUAUAGAAUGUUCCAAAGAUUAUACUUACAAGUGGCUGUAUGAUGACUUCAUGGAAGAGAUAAUUUUGUAAGGAGAUGCACUGCUAAGAGCUGGAACUAUUUAUCUGGAAAUUAGAAGAAGUUGUUUUAAAAAGAUCACAUUCUUUCAACAGAAGAUAUCUGUGUAUGUUUUACAAAGAUCACAUGGAUCAUUUCCUCUGAAGUUAGUACCAUACAAAUAUUGGAUAAAACAAUGGUUGCUAUUUAUUCACAGCAGAAUAUAAUGAAAACAUUGGUUUAAAUUCCUGUCUGUUGUAAUUCUAGUUGUAUGGUAUUACCAGCUAAAGUUCAGUUUUUUAAAUUCUUUGAGCCAAACAUCUUACAAUGUAUUAAUCUAAGUAUUUCACUUUUACUUGGUUUUUGCAUUCUUCUUGGGGAGAAGGCAAGAGAGUUUGUAUAUUAUUAAGCUUAGAAAGUAAAUUAAACUAAUGUGGUUUAAUUUACUUUUCAGUUUGUUGUAAUAUGAGUACUAUGCAAUGGAAUUAUUUAAUUUUGACAUUUUAAAGAAGUUUCUAGGAAUUUCUAUUUUUCUAGAAAUUAAAAUACUUGAACAAUA